AUGGACUUGAGAAACCCAGGCGAUUCGAUCUUGGCUCGCACAUGGUCCGCGAACGACGUUCUUUUUUGCACGUCUAUAAUCAGGUCCCAAGGCUUAUGUGUGAUGGGUUUGACGAUCUUGAGGUCGAUCGAGAUGUCGCUGUUGCUGAUCACCAAGUCGAGUGAGACGUUCUCGGGCAGCUCGGGCUCGAACACGCUCGCUGGCAGUCGGUACUUGGGGAACAUGUAUGCGUCUCUUGGUACCAACAGAGAUUGUUUAGCGAAAUCGAUCUGUUUGUGCAGCGACGCCAAGAUGCUCAACAACACAGCCGGCUGUGUGUCCUGCUGUGCCUGGAUUUUGUUGAUGGUGUUUAUAGCGUUAUGUUUGGACUUUAUCGAUACAUUGAGUCCGGUGACUCUAAAAUUCGACCGAGACACCACACCUUUGAGCGUUUCUGAGUUGUGCGACGACAAGGGGAACUUGAACUCGUCCAUGUUAUUUUCGUCGAUCUGCGCCAAACACGACGCCAGACUCUCCUUGAUGCUGGGCAGCUGUGGCCGGAUCACCUCUGCCACUAGCCACGCCUGCUCUUUGGCCGCGUCAGCGCGUAAUUCCUCGGACGGAAUAAAGAUUUGUGUCCGUUUGGUCGAACCGUUGCACGCGUCUUCACAAGGGACAAGUUCGAUAGACCAGCAGUUGAUCUCCGAGUUCCGGGUCUCUGACCAAUUGAAGAACAUCACGUUUAAGAAACCGGCUUUGCGCCUUUCCAAACAUACAUACGAGCCAAAACCCCCGACCAAUCCGUUGGAAGCCCACAUUCUCCAGUCGAUGCCCUCGAAGCGCGCGUGGACAAAGCCCGAUCUCAAGGUGAAACGGAUCAAGAUUGACAACUCUGCCGUUGAUCUCGACUCCAAGGCCCUCAACGUGCACGAGAUUCCUGCCGCGGUUGAACAGGACCUGCCGGUAGUGCACAUCGACUCCGAAAGCUUGCACGAGGAUGCCAGAAACACGUUUGUGGCCGUGGUGACAAACCCGUUCGUUCUGGACUUGGAAACACUCACAACGCUCGAGAUUGCUAUGAACCGGCUGUGGUACUCGAAACUGCUGCGACAGAUGGACUCGAAACUGCUCAUCACUCUGGCCGACGCCUGUGUGCGGUCGAUCGACUUCCAGUUUGUGGACAACACCGACGCCGAGCUCGAGGCAGCCCUGGUGCCGUCAAAAUGCGCAAUUCUCCUCCUGAUUGUGCUCACAAGCGCCCACACAGACAGACAGCUGUAUCUGGAGACGUACCUGACGUCUGUGCUGGAGUUCGUCUAUUCUGUCACGGACGCACUUGCUACCGAGAGCCAGCACUCGGAAACUUUCAUCAAGCACCAGAUCAAGAUCCUGGACCUGCUUGCCCGCUACGCCAAGUGGAACAACAUGGAGGACUCCAUAGCCACCAAGCUGGAGUAUCACACGCUCAAACUCUGUUUUGACGGGGCCAGUCGGUCGGUGUUCCACGAUAAACUCCGCGUGGCAGCUUCCAACGUUAUCUAUGAGAUAUUCAACAGAAACCCGGACCAGCGCGUGUUCCUGCUCAACGAGAUCGUCAACAGCUUCGACACGUUGCCGGCCAACAAGUCGCACGCGCGGCACUACCAUCUCGCGCGCGGGUUCAGCGUCCAGCUCGUCACCAUGCUGCUGGUGCGUCUGGUGCAGUCGUUCACCAUCUGCUACGAGUUUGACGACGCGUACUGGAAAGUGAGCGGCAAGAAACGCCAAGAUCUGAACGCAGCCGUGUACGAGUUUGUUGACGCUGCGGACGAGGAGCUGUCGCGGCUGUGCAAUCAGAUCGCUUCGCUGCUGGUCACGCGAGUCACCACCAACUACGAUGCCACGGGGAAACGUGUUUUAGAAAACUUCAUCGAGGAUCUUCUUGCCAUGCUCGAGUACCCAGAGUACUCUGGCUGCGAGACGUUGUUGGAGUCGUUUCUGUACACACUGAUGUUUGUUUUCAGUUCCGACAACUACUCCGGUCCCGUCGAGGCGUUUGCUCUGGAACUCAUGGGCAUGAUCGGGUCCAAGAUUCUUUCGUUGCGCGGAGACUACCAGCCUGUGCGGUUUGGGCCCGAGAUGACUGUGGCCGAGUUCGACUCCCUUGUGGGCCAGUACCUUGCCGUAUGGCACUCUCUCAAGAUCCACGGGGCCUUUUUUGCGUUCAAGUUUUUCGUCAAGGUCCAUGCUCUUGCCAAGACAGCCUCGAAAAAACUGCUUGCACGGUGCCAAGAGACAGAGUUUUCUCUGCUUCAGCUCAUCUACCACAAGAUCCCGUUCCCUACGGUGUCCGCCAGCACAGACUACCGUGCGGUGCUGGCUUCGCAGAACCUGUUCUCGCACUACGACGGGUUCCUCAACCUCAUUGUCAACUCGUUGGACCACCCAAAAACGAAAUCCCGAAACCGCGCCAUCAAGAACCUGUCGCUGCUCAUUUCGUGCGAGCCUUCGCUGGUGACGCUGCCGAAAAUCAAACAGUCUCUCGCCGUUCGUCUGGUGGAACAGUACGCGUCUGUGCGCGACUCGAUCAUCGAGCUGCUCUCCAACAACAUCGCACAGCACCCAGAACUUGUCGCCGACUUCUACGUCUCUGCGUGCGACAGAAUCGCAGACCCCAGCAUGGCCGUCCGCAAAAAGGCCAUUGCACUCGCCAAAAUCAUGUACCAGAACUCUGACUCGCUCGACGUGCACGUGACCGUCUGCGAAAAACUGCUCCGCAGACAGGACGACGAGGAGGACGCUGUUAUUGAUCUUGCGGUGUCGUGCUUGAACGAGCUGUUGUUUGCGCCCCAUGGCCGUCUUCUGGACAAACUCGAGGUGAUGGUACAGCUGGUGGCCAAGUCAGAAAAGAACUGGACGUAUUUCGAACGGUUCUUUAGAGAAAAGAUAGUCCACAAUUUCAGUGCUGAUCCGGCGCUCGAGAAGUCUAUCGCAACGAUCGUCAAGACCGUCCUCGAGUACGUCACCAACGAGGUACACUCCGACCGCGAACGAGUCCAGAAAAUGACCGGAUUGCUCGCCGUGUUUGUCAAGUGCGACGGCAACCUGCUUUCUCAGGACCAGCUCGUGUCUUUGCAACCAUACAUCACCGACGACAGCUCUACAGGAAGCUCGUUGUGCUACAACAUCUUGCAAAUAUUCCAUUACACUCUGCCAAAGACCAAAUUGUUGAAGAAAUCCUUCAUCAACCAGUGCCAGACGUCGCUGUUGGCACGGCUCACCAAGUUCAACGCUCACGAGCUCGAAGAGGCCAUGCCGUGUCUGUGGCUUCUGUCAGUCAUGAAAAAAGACACAGAGAAACUCGCCCGUGCGUGCAUCUCGUCGCUCACGCUGCUCAGACCGUAUCUGGCCAAAAUUAGAGACCAUCAGUACGAGCCAGACCCGAAGGUGUUCAGACUGCUGUUUCUCCUGGGAAACUUAGGCCGACACUCUCAUCUCGACAGCCACUCCACCCUGUUUGCUGCGUCGAAACUCGGCUUCAAAGACACAGACACGGUCUCUGGGUUCAUCAUCAGACACAUCACCAUGUUCUGCAACAACGAGUUGGACGUGGGGUCGCAACGAGUGGCCAUCAAGAACCUGCUCAACGUGUGCAUCACCCACCCACGCUACUUUAUGAGCGAGCGCAUUCUGGGCGUAAUGGACUCGGUCUUUGAAACCAACGACCUCGAUCUCCAAGACAUAGUCAUCAACACUCUGUCCACGUUCUUGGAGCUGCAGGACCGUGAGGCGCUGUUGAAAAACGGUCUGGACUUCAAAGACUCCAAGACAACCAAAUUGAACGUCAAGGUGUUCCAUGGAGAGUCCGCAGAGUACGUCAACGAUGGAAUCUGCUCGUCUCUUGUCCAGAGAUACCUCCACCAUGUUUUGAAGAACUGUCUUAUUGACGAGUCUGACCAUUCGCUGCGGGCAGUCACUUUCUUGAAACUCGUGGUCAAUCUUGGCUUUGCCAACCCGAAACUGUGCAUUCCAACGAUCGUUGCACUUGAGUCGUCCCAAAUUCCAGUUGUUCGGUCUAUAGCUCUGUCGAUGCACGAACAGCUGUUCGAGAAGUAUGAGUCGCUGAUCGAAACAGGAUAUAUGGAAGGACUGCGUCUCGCGUUCGACUACCGCUCGAGACUGUCUCCGAGCCUGUUGGAAGAGAAAACUUUGUUGAGAUGUUUGUUCAGCGUGUUGGAAGGUAGCAAAGGAGCAGCCAAACGGUUUUUGAAGCUGCUGCUGAAGUCACUUGCCAACUUCAAAACUCCAAACCCGCUCUUCGUCGGAUACAUUGCUAUCAACCUUGCAGCUGUCAACUUCAAAAUACAAGACCAUGUGUUGUUGCUGGUUUCGGGACUGGAUUCGAUCAUCGACAAUGAAGGUACAGAGAUCUCAGAUAAAAUGUCAGAGGAAGAUGAUUGGGACUCGCUUGCCGCCCCAGCAAGAGCUGUUCUUUCGCUGAUUAGACUGAAACAGGUGCUAAUCACGAACUAUAACGUUUCAGACGAUAAACUCGCUAAUUAUCAAGAAACGUCUCGAGACUUCAAAGGACCAAUAGCGCGCGUUGAUACUGUUCCAUUGGAGCUACAAGACCUCGACUUGGAACAGCACAAAAACUCAAGAUAUUCCUUCAAGUUGUGCAACAAGCUGCUUCAGUUCAUUGAGACUUAG